AAGAGUCUUCCAAAGCCUAUUACGAUGCCCGCACAAGACCUGUAAGUUACCAUGCUGGUGACUAUGUGUACCUUAAAAAUCACCUCCGUAUGCGUAAGGCUCUAUCUCCGGUCUGGAAAGGCCCUUAUAAAAUUAUUAAGGUUAAUGGUAGAAAUAGUGUAACGCUAUUAAUAAAUAGACGACACGUGUCCCAUCAUUUUGAUGAAUAAAAUUAGCUCAUCGCCGUGACACCGUGUCAUAAUCACUUUAAGCUUGUUUUAACUUAACGUAAUAUUUAAGUUUAGUUAGUCUUAGUUUAACUCUUAAUUAUUCCUUUACAGUUCUCUGUCUUCCGCAAAAACAAUGUUCAUCACAAGUUCCACGAAUGCUUCCGGCAUAUAUUUUGACCCCAUUGGGUCAUUAAAAAUGAUAGACGGUUUCCUUAGCGUACUAAUUCCAAUAGAUAUUUCAUUUAUUCAACCGCAUAUUAAGAAUCUUAACGGUGUGAUAGGCACUUCUAAGUUCCUAUGUAAGCAGACUGCUCUGUAUACCGAUAUCGAGUGUCUUAAUUUACACCAGCCGUUAUCAAUAAGAUACAACGACAUUAUUCGAGAUUACGAUUCUAUUUCUCACUUAAUUGAAUCAAGGUCUAAACGUUCAGCCUGGUUUGGGGGUAUUGGCACCCUAUUCAAAAAUCUAUUUGGUACUAUGAACGAAGACGACGCAAUAAAUUAUAGUAACGCUAUUCAAUUAAUAGAGAAAGAUCAAUCUAAAUUAUCCGAAUUAGUCAAACAAAAUAUAUUAGUAACUACUUCAACACUCUCUUCAAUAGAAGACUCAGUAAAUAAAAUUAGUGUCAACGAGCAGAGAUUAAAUGAUGCUAUUGAUGACAUAGCUUUAUUCCAAAAGAACUUGACCUUGUUAGCUGAUAAAUUAAUAUUAAAAACUAAAUUCAAUGGAAUGUUAAAUUUAUUAGAAAGUAGUCUCCUAACUUUAUCUUUUAAACUAGAAGACACUGUAAACGCUAUUAUGUUUAGUAAAUUAAAUAUUUUGUAUCCUUCUAUUAUAAGUCCAAAACAGCUAUUUAUAGAGCUUGUUAAUAAUUAUAGGUUUUUAGCUGAUAAUCAUCAAUUUCCUUUAAGUUUAACUUUAGAAAAUAUACACACUUUAAUGAAUGUUUCAGAAAUUGCGAGUUAUUAUAAUAAUAACAAAGUUGUAUUUGCCUUAAAAAUACCUUUAGUAAAUUCCAGGAGCUAUGAUUUAUAUCAUAACAUACCCUAUCCAGUUUCUGUAACCCAUGAUACUUAUACUAUGAUCAUUCCCUCUACUAAAUAUCUAGCUAUUAACAGAGAUAGAUCAUAUUAUAGUAAAUUAGAUAAUCUAAGUAGCUGUAAGACAAUAAAUAACCAGUACUAUAUAUGUGUCAACCUAGAUACUUACUCGUGUGCCAGGACUCCGAUCUGCGAAUCGGAUAUAAUCUCAAAAGCAUUAAAAUCUGUGCCUAGUAAUUGUAAGACCCAAUUCAUUCAAGGCCAACUAGAUAUUUGGCAAACAUUGUCUAACAAUACAUGGUUAUAUGUUAUUACAAACCCUUCCAAAUUGUCCAUAGACUGUAAAGCUUCCAAUACUGAAGUUAUCAUAUCAGGCACAGGCAUGAUAAACUUACCUCCGUAUUGUAUAGCCUUUUAUAAAGACUCAAGGUUAAUACCCAAAUAUUACAAAACAAUUAAAGUCCAAACAAUUAAAAUUAACUUUAAUCUAGUAAAUGACUCUUGUUGUAAUUCGGAAACAUUAUCGAAACUUAAGCCUCAAAUUCCCGUUUUAAAUCUUACUAAUAUUAACCUUGAUUCUAUAACGUCACGACGAAAUUUGGAAACCAGCCGCAUUGUCAAUAACCUUGACAAAUUAAUUGAAAAACCACAUAUUGUUUUAUAUGGUGAAUAUUAUUCCUAUGUAACAAUAAUUAUAUCUGUUAUUAUUGUAAUAUAUAUUUUUGUACUAUUUUGUAAGUUUAUAAAAUCGGGCAUUUGUCAUCGUCUCUUAAAUAGACAAGCUUUCAAAUGUAAUACGGAAAAAGCUGAAGAGCUUACAGAAGUUGCUGCUAGUUCUUCCGACAUUUCCGCACCUAAAAUCCGUAAAUCCCUUGCAUAAACUUAACCUUUUAAGGAUAAGUUUAGUCAAAACCCUGGGGGCUGUUAUAUAUAUGUAAUGUAUAUGAUAGUGCCCAACGGCUCUUUCUAUAUCCCUUGUCAGCACUUUUGAUAGUU